CCCCUGCUAAAAGAUAUUUGUAUCGUCAGCUUGCAGAGAAGCCUUAAAAUGGUACCGGCCAUGUCUUAGCAUGCGUGUAAUUCUGCCGUAUGGAUAUAAAUAACCCCCUUUCUUCCCCGCGUCAACCUGAAAUUGCCAGUUUGCCCCACAAGCUUAUCGCAGCCCAACGUUUGCUGCUCUACUCAAGAUGCGAAUUCAAGGCCUACUGCCAACGGCUGUCUUAGUUCUCUCACUAUGUACGGACAGAGUGUGCUCUAUCGGAUAUGGACGCUUUGGUCGCUACGUGUGCAAAUCAACGAACCUAGGCAAACGGGUCUCGUCGUCUUCGGAGAAGCCACAACAUCAUUCACAUGAUAGCUUUCGCUUUCUCAGCGACAAGACGAAGCCCUACCUUGUGGAGAGCUUGCCUGAUGUGCCUUUCGAUGUCGGUGAAAUGUAUUCGGGUUCAGUGUCUAUCGAUAAAGGUGAUAGCUCGAGAACUCUCUUCUUUGUAUUCCAGCCAACAGUUGGGGAACCUGUGGACGAAAUUACCCUCGAUCUCAAUGGGGGCCCGGGUGCUAGCUCCCUCGAAGGGUUCCUCCAGGAAACUGGUAGAUUUACCUGGCAGCCAGGAACUUACGUACCAGUGAUUAACGAAUAUUCAUGGGUAAAUUUAACCAACAUGCUAUGGGUUGAUCAGCCGGUAGGAACAGGGUUCUCCACGGGUGAGCCCAUUGCUACCUCCGAGGAAGAGAUUGCCAGCGACUUUAUAAAGUUCUUCAAGAACUUCCAGGAGAUCUUCGGAAUCAAGAAGUUUAAGACCUAUGUCACCGGUCAGAGUUAUGCCGGGCGCUACGUGCCAUACAUCGCUGCGGCCAUGUUAGACCAAGGUGAUAAGGAGUAUUAUGAUGUUCACGGGGCAUUGGUUUACGACCCAGUCAUUGGCCAGUACGAUUACGUACAACAGCAAGCGACUGCAGUGCCAUUUGUGCAGCAGAACGCCAACAUCUUCAACUUCAAUGCAAGUUUUAUGAACGAGCUAGAAAGUUUACAUAAUUCCUGUGGUUACCAGGACUUUGUCGAGGAAUACCUUACUUUCCCUCCGUCAGGAGUUCAGCCUCAAAAGUCUUUUAAUAUUACUAGUGACACUGAUUGCGAUGUCUUUGAUAUGAUUAACAACGCAGCUUAUUUAGUUAACCCUUGUUAUAACAUGUAUGAAAUAAACCAGAUGUGCCCGCUUCUUUGGGAUGUGCUCGGAGGACCUACGAAGCUCGAUUAUCUACCUGCCGGAGCCACGGUGUAUUUCGACCGCGACGAUGUGAAGAAAGCUUUGCAUGCGCCCAAUAUGACCUGGUCUAUGUCCUCGCUGCAGCCUGUCUUCGUUGGCGGCGACAUCGGACCUGAGAAAAUAGGCGAUUUGUCCGCCAACCCAAUCGAACAUGUUUUACCCCAGGUGAUCGAAGCGACAAACAGAGUUCUACUCAGUCACGGAGACUAUGAUUUUAUUCUCCAAACCAACGGAACCCUCUUGGCUAUUCAGAACAUGACCUGGAACGGGCAAUUAGGAUUCCAGACUGCACCAACUACGCCGAUUAACAUUGGUCUGCCCGACCUCCAGAAUGCGGAAGUGUUUGAAGAGAACGAUCUCUCUUCAUGGAGUACCGGCCAGGGUGCUAUGGGCAUUCAACACUACGAGAGAGGGCUGAUGUGGGCGGAGACAUUCCAGAGUGGACAUAUGCAAGCUCAGUACCAACCGAGGGUCGCCUACCGUCAUAUACAGUGGCUACUGGGGCGGACUGAGGCAUUAUAA